ACUGGCCCGGGGUAGAAGGGGUUAAGGUGGAUUUACACUGCCCAAUAUUCCGGCACAUUAUCAGGCUCGUUCCGACAAUCUGUCUGUGUAAUUGUACCGCCCAUCAACCGAUGAACAAGCAAAACGCUCAUUCAUCAGGUGAUCCUAUUGUCUGUGCAGGCAGAUGAAUCACUGUUUGUGAGCAGCAGACCGUGCAGUCUAAACAGCGAUUUCCACCCAGAAACAAUGAUCCUGUAUGAGGACGAGGGAUCGCUAUACUGUGGAGGAGAUCGCUGCAUGUAGAUGCAGAGCUUCACCUCCACUGAGCGAGCAGCCAGCUGUCAAAUUGGCUGUAACAUCAGGCAGUGUAAACCCGUCUUUAUUUUCCUGGGAAACAAAGGAUCAGCAUGAUAAGAGUCAUCAUGUGGGAUGAUAUGAUGUCAGAUAAGAGACGGCCAGUCCUGCUGAGAUCAGUGGGGGUCCAGUGUUCCCCUGUUUGGAGCUCUACUCCUGUAUGUCCAUUACUGCUCCAUUGUUAAAGGGGUUUUCCAGGGUUUAGAGACUGAUGACCUAGACUCAGGGUAGGUAAUCAAUAUCAGACUGUUGGGGGUUCGACGCCCGCCACUCCCACCGAUCAGCUGUUUCGUGUAGCCGCCGCUGCCAUAAACUAUACAGUGUAGGAAGCAGACAGCUCAGUACACAGUCUAGUGGCCACGCUGGGGUAUUGCAGCUCAGCGCCUAUUAAAGGGAAGCCUUCUGCUCUGUACACUCUAUGGCUUCCAAUCCAGCGGCUGCUUGAAACAGCUGAUUGGUAGGAGUGUCAAGUGUCGGAUGAUCUGAUAUACUGUAAAUUACCUAUCCCCAGGUGAGGUCAUCAUUAUCUGUUGCUCGGACAAGCCCUUUAAGGGAACGAUAUUGUAUAGAGGAAUAAGCCUUUACCUUGCCCACAUGUAAUCAGCUAAUUCUUCUCCGUUCAAGCAGUGUCCACAACAGUGGAAGAACUUGUGGGACUGGUUCCUGCACAUACCUGAGAGCCGGGGAGCACCGCACUGCAAGCUAUUUGCGGACUCUCAUUCUGUGCCUACCAGGAAAGGGUGAGAACCUGGCUUUUUCCAGUUUUGUGAAAUGAUUGUGUACACAAAGUUAUGGACUGGUCUAGUACUGAGGAACCCGAAAAAGCACAAAGCACAGUUUCUAAACAUGGGGGAGAGGUGGCUGCUAUCGAGUUUCCUUUAUAUUCUGCUGAGCGGAUAUCACAUUUCUGGACUGCAGGAUGAUGAAAUUGUUUUUCCGGAGCGACUGGUGAACAGAGUGAGGAGGAACGUGGAUGACAGCACGGAUGAGAAUGUAUCCUACAUCAUCCAAACUUCAAAUCGUACUCUAAUCCUUAAUCUUCAGAGGAACAGAGAUUUUGUGAGUAAAGACUUUGAGCACUUUACCUACAGCAAAGAUGGUGGACUGAAGGCCCUCAAUUCCACAGCACCGAAAUACUCCUGUUAUUACCAUGGACAGGUGGAAGGAAUGGAGGACUCUGUCGUUGCGCUCAGCGACUGUCAUGGUCUCAGGGGAGUCAUGUACCUGAGUGAGGUGCAUUAUGGGAUUGAGCCUAUGGAGCAUCCCUUUGGUGGAGCACAUCGGCUGUAUCAGUUAGAUGAGCCUGAUGGAGCCUCUAUGUGUGGCGUGGUGGAGACCGUGGACACCUCACAUACUUUACUGCCCUCGUAUUAUCUACUCCGUAGGCAGAAGCGAGCUGUUCUUGCCAUAACCAGUUACGUAGAGCUUGGAGUAGUAGUGGAUAAUCUUAGGUACCUUGGCGAUAAGUCGAACACCGAUGCAGUGGAAGUGGAGACUAUAGAGCUGGUGAAUAUUGUUCAUGGGAUGUUUCGCCCACUUAACAUUCAAAUAGUACUGACUAAUUUGAUCACUUGGACGACCAAUAAUCCCAUCGAUGUCACUUCAGGAAGUGCUGGAGAUGUGCUGGGAAGAUUUACACAGUGGAGGGGUGAAAACAAAAUACAGAGAUGCGACAUCUAUCAUCUCCUCAUGGGGCGCGGUCCUUUCGGUGGUGUGAUUGGCAUGGCAUUUGUUGGCACAGUAUGUUCACCGAGUUAUGCCACUUCCAUUAGUGCAUUCAAUGUUGGAGUCUCCCCACCGUCACAUGCCACGGUAGUCGCUCAUGAACUUGGGCACGUCCUUGGAAUGAGCCACGAUGAUAAUCGAUGCGCCAGCAACUAUGUCAUGUUCAGUUCAGACAAUAACGCCCGGACGUUCAGCAGCUGCAGCGCCAACGAUUUUGAAAGACUAAUCCUGAGAGGAAGUGGGAAGUGUCUCCAAAACCCACCAUAUCCAAACCAGGUGCUCAGUAUACCCGCGUGCGGUAACAAUGUAGUCGAGCGAGGAGAGGAGUGCGACUGUGGAUCUACGAAGGAAUGCCAGAACCCAUGCUGCAAUGCUGCCACCUGCAGGCUAACUAGUGGAUCGCAGUGUGCCCAGGGAUUAUGUUGCGAGAAUUGCAAGUUUAAGGUUGGAGGAACCAUUUGCCGGGAAAAGUCUAACACGUGUGACCUUCCCGAGUACUGCAAUGGAGCCUUUGCCCUGUGUCCUGUUGACUUCUAUAUAAUGGAUGGAUACCCCUGCAACAAUACAACUUCUUACUGCUACAGUGGAGUGUGUCAGAGCUAUAACGAUCAGUGCAAGGCCCUGCUGGGUGCAGGUACAAGUAAAGGCCCCGAUGUCUGCUUUCAAACACUAAACAUAAAGGGCGAUCAAUAUGGAAACUGUGGGCUCAUAUCGGGAAACCCCCAACCGUGUACAACAGCUGACAGCCUGUGCGGGAAACUACAGUGUACAGGAACGUAUAUAAAAAUACCAAACAGCACUAUCGUCAGCCAUUACUACAACGGGGUAGACUGUAUUAGUAUAGACUUCGACCUGGGCUCUGACGUUCCUGACCCUGGACUUGUCCACCAGGGAUCACCAUGCGCAGAAGGAAAGGCUUGUGUAAACUAUAAAUGUCAGAACGCCUCCGCCUUAGGAUUCAACUGUGACAUCAAAGGAAAGUGUCAUGACCAUGGGGUUUGCAAUAACAAUGGGAACUGUCACUGUGAUUACGGCUGGGCCCCCCCAAACUGUGACACAUCAGGCUACGGCGGCAGCAUUGACAGUGGCCCCACACACAUCGACACCUCUUUACGUGAUGGACUGCUCAUCUUCUUCCUGCUGGUGCUGCCGAUCCUCAUCCUCCUAGUUGUGAUGUUCAUAAAAAGAGACACAAUUAGAAGGAGGUUUUGCCGGAAGAGAAGACGCAGAGGAGGAAACGAACAAAGACAAGAGCAGAACAAUUAUGCCAAUCGCAACCAGAAUGCCUAUGCCAAUUCGAACACUGCCGGCAACUUGCCAAGGAACCAGGACAGGACCUUUUCUGAUGUCUUCACUAUAUCGCAUAACGUUCCUCGAAGACCACCAGUGCCCCCCGCUAGACCGGUGCCACCCACCCGUCCUCCUCGCCCUCAACUGUCCACAACCCCACAGUAUACCUGGCCCGAUGACGUCUGACAAUGGAUCACACUGGACUAAGCACUUCAGAACCAGCCAGGAAACAACCUGAUUUCCGUCUGGAGCCAUUAAAGUUCUACGUGGUGCCGCUGCAAUCCGUGGAUUAUGGGCACAGCACUGAUAUAAUCACAAAGAACAAAGGACAACCACAUGGUAAAGACAAACCCGGCAUGAAGGAGUCACGACGAAAGCUGCUAAAUCCAGAUGCACCAUUUUAGCACUUUUAUGAAAUCUGUUUUAAAAACCUGUAUAUACAAUUUUGUGUUUUAUGAUGUCAUACUGUGAAAUGCCUCAUCGCGUAUUUUUUUUUUAUCCUAUUACAUUUCUGA